CUCCUCGAGUGGACCAUGCACUGUGGCUGCCUGGCAGAGGGCGUCCCCACCAUCACCACCAGCUCCUGGAUUUCAGGCCUAGCCCUCCCUGACUGGGCCUACAAAGCAGAGUCGUCCCCAGGCUCCCGGCAGAUCCAGCUGUGGCACUUCAUCCUGGAGCUGCUGCAGAAGGAGGAGUUCCGCCACGUCAUCGCCUGGCAGCAGGGCGAGUACGGGGAAUUUGUCAUCAAGGAUCCGGACGAGGUGGCCCGCCUGUGGGGCCGCAGGAAGUGCAAACCACAGAUGAAUUAUGACAAGUUGAGCCGGGCCCUCAGGUAUUACUACAACAAGAGGAUCCUGCACAAGACCAAAGGCAAGAGGUUCACCUACAAGUUCAACUUCAGCAAGCUCGUGGUGGUCAACUGUCCACUUUGGGAGGUGCGGCUGCCACCAGGCCCCCACCUGCUGCUGGGGGGCCCUGCCCUGCUUCAGCCAGCCCUGGUGCCCAUGGGCACACAGAGUGAGCUCCUGCACAACGUGCUGUCCACCCAUCGUGCAGUGGCGGAGCAGCUCUCCACACAUCGGACCCCCCGAGGGCCACCAGAGACUGCAGAGGAGAAGAAACAGGGCGGCAGCCGCAUCCAUAGACUUGGCUCUGCCCCAAGUCCCUACCAGCUGGGCCUCUGCUACCACACUGAGAACCUCCAGGAUGAGCUACCCAGCUUUGCCCCCUUCACACCUCCACUCCCUCCUCCUCUGCCCCCGGACUGGACCCGCCUCCCUGCACCCCUCCUGCCCCCUCUCCCUGAGCGGCCAUUCCCAGGGGUCCCCAAGCCUGACACACUGCUCCCCAGCUGGCCCCUGCUGGCCGGGCUGGGACAGGGGACUGCAGAGUGGCUGCGGCUCUGGCCCCUCAGGCCUGAGGGGCUGCAGGUAAAGCCAGACCCCAGAAUGGGGGUGGAGGGGUGCCUGCACCCCAGGGAGGGCUUCCCCUCAGUGUCCUCAGGACUGAAAACAGAGAAUCCUGAGUCCCCUAGCCUGGAGAACUUCAAAGCAGUGUGGGCCCUGGACCCUCCCUAGGGUCCAGGAAGGAAUGUGGGGGGAGGGGACCCCCCCAAGCUCAGUCUCUCCCCAUUGCAGAAGGGUUUGAAGGGUUGGUUGGGUGGGAGGGGGUAUGUCAAGGGGGCAGGUGUGGACAUGAGGGGAUGACAAACAGGGACUCCCCUCAAUUGCUGAUCAGAUUAAGAAGGCCUUUUUUCCCCCCUUCUCAUUCUUCUUCUUCUUUUUUAGAAAACGUAUUUCUUUUAUUUAGUUAUUUCUUUACUGGGUAGCAACUGAGAUGGAAGGGUGAGAUAAGGAGAGAGACACCUGCAGCCCUGCUUCACCACUCGUGAAGCUUCCCUCCUGCAGGUGAGGCACCAGGCCCUGAGCCAACCAAGCAUGCCACCACCCAGGGCCCCUUUAUUGUCUCUUAUAUGAGACAGACUUGCAGGGGAGAGGUGAAGAGAGGCAAGUUAGAGCAGCACUCCGGCACAUGUAGGAGUCCUUCUUAGGUGUGUUUCUGUGUGGGGUUGGGCGGUGGCACACCAGGUUAAGCGCACAUAGUACAAUUAUUUUAAAUUAUUUAAGAAAAAAGAUUGGUGGGGGUCGGACGGUAGUAUAGCGGGUCAAGCGCACGUGGCACAAAGUGCAAGGACGGGCAGAAGGAUCCGGGUUCGAGCCCCUGGCUCCCCACCUGCAGGGGAGUCCCUUCACAGGUGGUGAAGCAGGUCUGCAGGUGUCUGUCUUUCUCUCCCCCUCUCCAUUUCUCUCUGUCCUAUCCAACAACAAACGACAUCAACAAUAACAAUAACCACAAUAAGGCUACAACAACAAGGUUAACAAAAGGGGGAAAAAUGCCCUCCAGGAGCAGUAGAUUCAUGGUGCAGGCACUGAGCCCCAGCAAUAACCCUAGAGGCAAAAAAAAAAAAAGAUUGGUUUGCUUCUUUCUCACUCUCUUUAAAGACUUAUUUAUUUAUUUGAGAGAGAGAGAGAGAGAAACCCAGAGUAUCACUCCAGCACAUGUGCUUCUAGGGAACAAAGUUGGGACCUCAUGCUUGAGAAUCCAGUGCUUUAUCCACUGUGCCACCUCCCAGGUCACUCUUUAUUUCUUUUUGAUAGAGGGUGAGAAGCAGGGUGUGAUAGGGAGGGGAAAAGGGACACAGAGAAGGAGAAACACCUGUAGCACUGCUCUACCACUUGUGAAGCUUCCCCAGGCAGGCAGAGACUCUGGCUUGAACCUGCAUCAUCCUGCAUAACAACCUGUGCAUUCUCCCAGGAGUGCCCCGCCCCCUGCCCGGCCCCUGAGAAGACAUGCUCAGUCUUCACUUUUUCCCAGGACACUCGUCACUGGCAGCACCCACCCCUGUCCAGGCCUGCUGGAGUCCAGGCUGCUGGGCCAGCAAGGUCUCUAGGAAGGCCUUGUGCCUGGUCACUCACCCUCUGAGGGCAAGAACCUCCUAGCCCCCAACUGGCCUCACCCUUCUCCAUUUCUCCCAAGCCCUGAGAACCAUAUUCAGCACUGUAGCACCCCAAGAAUAAACACCCUUGGCAAGUCACCCUCCCACGGGCCAUGCUCUGCUAUCUCUUCAGCCCUCCACUCUGGGG